CUCAGAAAUGGCAGAAAGAGAGUCGCGCUCCCUCGGUAAUGGAACGUCAACAGCCGUUUACACUAAUCUUUUAGCGCCCUCUGAAGGCAUCCACAGCCUACUGCAAGACGGGCUGAGCUUCACUCCACUGGACGCCAGCAGUGACGGCACUGUUCAACCUUUUUCUCGUUCACCCAAACUACAGCGUAAGGCUGCCAAAACCGCACAACCCUCUCAGGAGCAGUUAACCAGACGUAUCCAGGAGCUGCAGGCUGAAACGUCCAAGACUGAGGCGCGCAUCCAGUCUCUGAAGAAACGCAAGGCCGAUCUCUCUAGGACCACAGAGGUCAUGAAGCAGCAGGUUCGAGAGCACUUUGAGAACAUGCGGUGCAUUUUGAAGCAGGAUGAACAGGUGAUCCUGGACUCUCUGGAGCUGGACCUGAGGCAUACAAGGACCAAGCUGGACCAGGUUCUAAAGAAGUGGGAUAACUACCACGACCAGGUCACCAAGAGCAUCAGCAGCAUACAGAGAACGUUGAAAAGCACCACAGCGAAGGAAGGCGAGCAGGGUCACUCUGAGACUGUAAGCCUUAAGAAGCCAGACACGCCUGAGAAGGAAAUCAGGCUGAAUGAAGAGAGAUUUGAGAGGCUUCUAAAAACACUCUCCUCCAUCUCCAAAAACCUCAAGGCCAGGCUGCAGAGGAAGACUCUACUCUUAGAUUCUUUCCCCGUAAUGAUCGACAGGCAGUCUUGCCAUAAUCUGAUCAGAGUGACAUCAGAGGGGCGGGGCAUGUCCUUCUCUGGCUCCGCUUGCCCAGCUCCAGAACAUCCCCUUCAGUUUGAUAAGGUAUGCUGUGCUCUGGGGUCCUCUCCCAUCACAGCAGGUCAGAGUUACUGGGAGGUUGAUGUCCGCUGCUGCUCAGCCUGGGCUGUGGGUGUAGCCUAUGACACCCUUGAGAGAAAGGGCAAUGACAAGGGCGCCAAGCUGGGCCGAAACAGGAACUCAUGGUGCGUAGAGUUUCAGAACUGCAAUCUGACCGCAUGGCACAACAACCGGCACAUAUCAUGUCAAGGAGUGGGGCAGACUCCAAUUAGAAAAGUGGGAGUGUGGGUUAAUUAUGACAAAGGCCAGCUGAUAUUUUACGAUGCAAAAAACAUGGUUGUCCUGCAAAAGUUUUCAGCAGCCAUGACGCCGGUGUUCGACAGAGCUCAUCACCAGUUCACUCAACCCCUGUACCCCGCCAUAUGCUUCCUGAGACCACCGGACAAUCAGGUCUGGCCAAACCACUUGGAGUUUUGUUCCCAGAAGUUUCUGUGAUACCAUUAUCA